GAUCCAGUUGAUUUUUCCAAAAUGGCUGACGUCUCGUUAGACGAUUACAUUCAGAAGAAGAAUUUCCGCGUUCAGAUCCAAAAUGACUGGAACAAAGGAGGUAAUGUAGGUCUGACAACUCGAGGAGGGAAGGCUGGCUUCACAACUAAGGGAGGGAAGACUGGCUUCACAACUCGGGGUGGCAAAACAGGCUUCACAAAUCGAGGGGGGCAGACUGGCUUCACUACUCGUAAAAAUCAGAACAAUCCUGGAGGAAUCAAUAGGAUUCAGUCCAAUCAGAACAGAGGCCCCGCUGUGAUGGUCACUGGACUUGGAAAUGUUCAAAGUUUUGAUGCCAGACAGAAAAUUGGACCAAAGGUUCAAUUCGAUGCCAGAGAACGUCUUCAGACGAAAAAACCUCUGGAUGCCAGGAUGAAAAUAAGUGGACCUCGAGGGCAAGUUGGGUCAAAUACAGUAAAUGUCCAAAGUGGGAUAAGACAGAGAAUAACUGGCCCGGGACAGGGGACUAGACAAACAGUGUCAGCCCCGGGAUUAAGGCAGAAGGUUGUUGGACCAGGCAGUGGCAUCAGGCAACAGGUGACCAGGCCAGCAAGUGGGAAAACGGAAGAACGUACUUUAACUGUGAAACUUGGGGAGCUGGGACAUGAUGCCAGGAAGAAGAUAAUUGCAUUGAAAACAAAUAAAGGACCAUAUGAUGCCAGAUCACGGAUUGCUAUCAAGCCACCCAAUCAGCAGCCACAAGUGACUAUCACUGGGAUAGGGAAUGUUUCCCAGGGUACAGAAGGAACAUUUAUCAGAACUACCAGCAGUGCGGGAACCCAUCAGGUUCAGAAGACAGGACUGAUUACUCGAACUCUGAACAACACACCUUCACAGUCCAGUGAAAGUGGGAUAGCAUCAAGGAUUCAGUUGACCAAUGGCGGACUAAAGGUGACACGAGCUGUCCCAUCAGCCACUGUGUCAUUUGAAGGCAGCAUGUUGACUGUUACAAAGAGAACACAACAGUAUCAGCAAGAGGAAGACCCACCUCAGAGUGAGCCCCAGGACAAUCAGUAUUCACAAUACAAUGAAAUGGACAGUUUUGAUGACGAAAAUGAUUUAAAUUUGGGAGGUUACUCAGAAGAAAUUAAGCCAGAGCUCUUACGAAUUAAAAAGACAAUCAGAACUACUCCAUUCCCUGUACAAAGUGCGCCAAAAAGUGUGCCAGCAACGACUGUAUUAAAACGGAAGGCUCCCCAACCAGCACCAGUUCAGUCAAGUGGUCCUCUGAAGUUUGUGAAGCCACCAGGAGGCCCUCACAUUCCUGUUAUAGUUCCACCAAAGAAAGCCAAGAUGACAGCUCCUGUAGCCAAACCUGUCAUCAAACAGACCAAGAUUCAGUUGAAAGAGCCUGUAGAAGAGGAGGAAGAGGAAACGACUCAAGACAUCCUCAGUCCACUGCAAGGUUAUCGAGUGUAUGUCACUAACCUUCAUCCGGUGGUCAACCAAGAUGAUAUCAUUGAGUUGUUUGGUGCAAUAGGUGCACUUCGAAAAGCCAAGCUGAUAAAACAAGGGACUGCGGAGGUUGUGUAUGUGAAGAAGGAUGAUUCCGUCAAGGCUGUACAGAAAUAUCACAACAGGGAGCUGGAUGGUCUGCCAAUGCAGGUGAAGCUGCUGACAUCUACCACAGCAACGGUGAAAGUUCCAGCUGUAGCACCAGCUGAGGCCGAUGACAGUACAGAUGCAUCAAAACAGGGGCCUCUCAAGCUGUUGAAACAAGCAUCAUCAGCAUCUUCCAUCCUACGUGCCCAAGCUGAAGCAGAGUCUGCAGUAGAGCCAUCUCUUGUGCACAAGGCUCUCUUUAAACUGGGUGCACAGGGCUCCAAGCCUGUUACCUUCACAGUCAAGAUCUAGAACUGCAUCAAUUGUCUCCCUUGCUCACUGUUUUUGAAAUGACACACAUACAACUCAUCUACCACACAGAGAUGAACCUUGCACAGGUUUAAUAAUCAUUCACGCAUGACCAUGAACACCUGACUCAAACGUGGACCUGUACAAUGACACUGACACCAUGCAACAGCCUACUGACGUGAUUCUUCUGAACAACCUCCGAGUGAUCAUACCCAUAGUGUACUGCCUAAUUAGACUCAUUAG